GUAGAAAAAACAUCGUUUUUGCAAACAAAAUUUUAGUAAAAAGAAAUUUUUUAUGUUUUUGUCAAGAACAUACGCUUAGACCAGCUUAAAUCUCAUUUUAAUUGCAUUAUGGAACUUUCCUGAUAUCAAUAAUCUAGUGUCAUAUUGUUCAAUCAAUAAUAUUAGUAAUAAAACUAAGGUGCGCGCAUACUAAGGCGGUGCGGUUUAUACCGCCCGGAGAAGAACUAACGCGUAGCGGCGACGGUCGACGCGGCGCGUCACCACGCGAAUGCUAAAAGGAGCAUUUCGAGUGUUAUCGACAAUCGUCGGAGCAUCACAUUCGGGCUGAAAACAGAGCGAGCGAGCAAAAUUUUCCAAAUUCAUUGCGGAAAUAGGGAAUUCACGCGAAAUGGACGAAGAAAAACUGAUUCUGCUCGUACAACAGUACUCUUUUCUUUACGAUGUGUCGGAAUCCAAGUACAACAAUACCAUUGCCCGAGAAAACGCUUGGGAAGACAUAGGACACAUGCUAGAUUGCUCAGCUAAAGAGUGUAAAACUAGAUGGAAAAACCUGCGAGACUCGUACCAGAAAGCCAUAAAAACUCGACGAACGAAAUCUGGCAAAGCGGCGAUGAAAAGGAAGCCUUGGAGAUUUGAGAAGGAAAUGUCUUUUAUGGCAAAUUUCCUAGAAUCGGGAAGAGGAUUGAAAAGUAACAUCAAAGAGGACAAUCUGGAAUCGGACAAUGACGACUGCAUAUUGCGGAACACAUCAAUCGCCUCGGACUCUUCGACUCCACCUACUGCUUCAGGGGUUUUGCCAGACUAUCAUUCUCCGAAAAAGAUAAAAAGUAAAACCACUGACAAGGACGAUGCUCUGCAUAAAUAUUUUGCUGCAGUGGAAGAAGUUGUUCGCACUUUUCCGCCGCAUUUUCAAAUCAAAGUCAAGUCGCAUAUUUCUAGCAUGAUCCAUAAAAUGGAAUACGAGGUUUUAUCCGGAACAUCCGGUUGAGGGAACGUGGAUCAUCCUUCUCCAUGUCCUUCACAAGCUGUGCCAGAUAGUCAGUAAGUUGGUGUUUCGCAAACGUGCAACAUUGUAUUAAGAAUAAUAAAAUUUAAAAUAUAACACAACAGUCUACAA